AUGAGAUUGAGAAAAUUCCUCUACAGGCCGAAGCAGGCUCCUCGUGCUUGGAAUGAGAGAAUUGAUGAGUAUUUCAAGAAAAACGAGUACGAGCAUGUCUUGUACACAAAAAAAUCAGAAAAUGAUAUGAUGGUAUUCGCUCUUUAUGUCGACGACCUCAUAUUCACCGGAAGCAACGCAAAACUAAUUAAGGAGUUCAAGGAGGUAAUGAAGAAGGAGUUCGAGAUGACAGACUUAGGUCUGCACGAGACCCCACCUAAUGUUGAGUGUUGGAUAGCAAGUAGAUUCAUGGAGGAUCCAAGUUAUACACAUUGGAAUGUCUUGAAGAAAAUUAUGAGAUAUGUUCGAGGAACCCUUUCACUUGGUCUUUUCUAUUCAAAAUCAGAUGACUAUCGAUUAAUGGGUUACUCAGAUAGUGAUUGGUGUGGUGAUGUUAAUGACCGGAAAAAUACUUUGAGUUAUGUAUUCCUACUCAAGAAUGCGACUUUAACUUGGUUGUCAAAUAAGCAGCCUAUUGUAACUCUAUGGACCUGUGAGGCAGAGUAUGUGACAGCCUCUUGGAGCGUGUGUCAUGCAGUAUGGAUUUCAGAUUUACUAAGGCAUUUAAGAGUGAUCUAA